ACCCUGCCUACUUGUUGUGCGUUCUAAUGUGAAUCGUUGUAUACUCCGGCUGAUUUCUGAAAUAAUUUCUUCAUGUGCGAAUAGUUUUCGGAAGACGGACACUCGGAUUCAGCGCGAACAAUCUCUACGUUGAGACUUUUUGGAGCUAUCGAAACGCUGACAUUCAUCUUAUGCACGUUAUGGAUCCCAUAGGAACAUACAAAUUACGUUAACUUGCAUUUGGAGGAUUUUUACUGACUGUUUCUGAACUGUUGGACACGAUCUGAAGUCCCAUUGUUGCUCUCAGGUCUGACAGUGUUUUAAAUUGUCAUAAGGUAGGCUAUUUGAUUUUAUGCAACUUUGACGUGAUGUUUCAACACAACAAAAAGUGCUUUACCAUCGAAUCGCUCGUUGGCAAAGAUGCCAAUUCCUCGACAUCUGGGGACGAACCUAUCAGACCCACGGCGCUGAGAUUGACGGAGUCUGUUCAUCCCGCGCCCUUUGGGACAUGCUUCCAGAAUUCCGGCAGGACCUUGUACAGUGGCCCGGAAAUGAUGUUCCCAGAUCCGGGCUCUCACUCUACCAACCCCGCACUGUCUCUCCAUCACCUCCAAAUCCCCUCGCAGCAUUUCUUCAACCCUCAUCAGAGAGAUACAUUGAACUUCUAUCCGUGGGUCCUGCGAAACCGAUAUCUUGGACACAGGUUCCAAGGUGAGGACAACAGUCCUGAGAACCUGCUUCUGCACGGGCCGUUCUCGCGCAAGCCCAAGCGCAUCCGCACGGCCUUCUCGCCCUCGCAGCUGCUGCGACUGGAGCGGGCCUUCGAGAAGAACCACUACGUGGUGGGCGCCGAACGCAAGCAGCUGGCCAACGGCCUCUGUCUGACCGAGACACAGGUAAAGGUGUGGUUCCAGAACAGGAGGACCAAGCACAAACGUCAGAAGCUGGAAGAGGAGUCUCCGGAGUCGCUGCAGAAGAGAAAAGGCAGUCAGCACGUGAGCCGCUGGCGAGUAGCUACGCAGCAGCCCGGCUCGGACGACAUCGACGUCAUCUCUGAGGACUGAGAUCAGACCUAAACCAGACUUAAACCUCUCCAAGACACUACCAGAGACUGAGAGUACAAUGUUCUGUUUUUGUUUGUUUGUUUGUUUGUUUGGUUUGCGUUCAGUUUAAAAAAAAAACAUGUUGAAAAUAACAGUGGCAGCGGUGAUGGCGCGACGGUGUCGGCGGAGCUGGAAACGCACCUCGCGGCCCAGAACACGGAACAGAUCCGAGGAGCGGAUCGCUAGCUAUGCAGUUGCAGCGACAGCACACUGAUUGUGUGCGGGAGAACCUCUCUUGACUGAAAUGCCCCCCAGGCUGUUGUUGUUGGGCAGCAGUGACCAUUAGAUCACCGGUGCGUCUCACACCGUGGUAUAGUCAUCAUUUACUGUUCCAGUUUAUUUUUAUUUUUUGAAAUCUCCUUAACAGUCUUUGGAUGUUUGUCUCACCUCACCAUCGUGUGUCAGUUUAACCUUCACUAAAGAUAGCGCAACUAUCUAAUCAUCAUCAUCAUGGUUUGUUUGUUUGUUUGUUUGUUUGUUUGUUUGUAUAAUUGUAUCCACUUGCUCAAGUGUAAAAUGAGCUCAGUUCAUGGUUCAGUGACAGACACUUGUUUUACGUUGGAAGUUAUUGUGGUUCUGGUGAGAUAUACUGAAUUGCUGUGUUUAUAUUUUUAUAACUCUGUGUGUGCUGUGCCAUUUUCAUUCAAUACACAAAAGGCAGGAAACCCUUUUUUUCCACACAACCAGUUUUGGCAGUAAAAAUAUUCAUUUGAAACUCUCUACAGCGUUUGCCCAGUAGAUAGUUCUGGUGUUUUGCAGUUUUGCCUUUUAUGCAAAAUGAACAACAACCGCGACAACAAAAACAACUUCUAUGCAUUUGUGUAUUCAAUGUUCUCCACGUUUCCUUCUUCAAUCGCCUGCUAUCUGGAUUAGAUUGGCAUUUAUUUAAAGGACAUUCAUGAUGAUUGACAUGUGAUUAUCCCACAGUGAAACCUAUGUGUCUGAUUCCCUACGCAGACAAAACACUGAGACUGCAAGGCCAUGGAUAGGGAGAACCACCAAUCUAACUCAUCAAUCAUUUUGUAGCACUUCAUAGCAAGAUUCUGUCUGUAAUGUUGGAAUGUAUUGUUCCUACUUCGCAGUUUAACAAAUGCCUAGACUCUCUUAUUUUGUAUUGUUUUUUU